GCAUCAAUUCUAUCUAUCCACACAAUUUUUAUCUUUCUUCUCAAAUUUCAACAAAUUAACCAAAUCCAUGGCAUCUUCUUCUUCUUUUGCGAGUGAUUCACAAUACUGUCCUCGAAGGAAGUACGAUGUUUUUCUAAGUUUUAGAGGUGCCGAUACACGGAGAACAUUUACGGGUCACUUGUACGAAGGUUUGAAAAGCAGAGGAAUAUUCACCUUUCUAGAUGAUAAACGGCUAGAGGAUGGCGAUUCCAUCUCAGAAGAACUCUUGAAAGCUAUCGAAGAGUCUCAAGUUGCACUCGUCGUUUUCUCAAGGAAUUAUUCUACAUCGAGGUGGUGCUUGAAUGAGCUAGUGAAGAUCAUGGAAUGCAAGGAGGAAGAAAAUGGACAAACAGUCAUACCGAUCUUCUAUGAUGUGGAUCCAUCACAUGUUCGAUACCAAAGUGAGAGCUUUGCAGAAGCUUUUGCCAAACACGAAUCGAGGUAUAAGGAUGAUGUUGAGGGGAUGCAGAAGGUUCAAGGAUGGAGGAAUACCCUAACUGCUGCCGCAGAUCUAAAAGGACAUGAUAUUCAUGACGGGAUUAAUCAAUCAAAGGAAAUUGAACAAAUCGUCAACCACAUCUCUUCCAAAUUUUGCAAGAGUGCUCGUUUUUUAUCUUAUUUGCAAGAUGUUGUGGGAAUAAAUGCUCAUUUGGAGGAACUAAUAUCCCUACUUCAAAUAAAAAUCAAUGAUGUUCGAAUUGUUGGGAUUUGGGGAAUAGGCGGAGUCGGUAAAACGACGAUAGCAAAAGCCAUCUUUGAUACUUUAUCUGAUCAAUUUAAAGCUGCUUGUUUUCUUGCCGAUGUUAAAGAAAAUGCAAGAAAGAGUCAACUGUAUUCUUUACAAAAUACUCUUCUAUCUGAAUUGCUAAGAAAAAAAGAUGAUUAUGUCAAUAAUAAGUACGAUGGGAAGUGCAUGAUUCACAGCAGACUUUCUUCAAUGAAGGUAUUGAUUGUGCUUGAUGACAUUGACGAAAGAGAUCAUUUGGAGUAUUUAGCAGGUGGUGUUGGUUGGUUUGGUAAUGGCAGCAGAGUUAUUGUAACAACUAGAAACAAACAAUUGAUAGAGAAGGAUGCUGCAAUAUACGAAGUGCCUACACUACCUGAUGAUGAAGCUAUGCAAUUGUUCAAUCAACAUGCUUUCAAAAAAGAAGUUCCAGAUGAGUGUUUGAAGAAGUUAUCAUUGGAGGUAGUAAAUCACGCUAAAGGGCUUCCUUUAGCCCUCAAGGUGUGGGGUUCUUUGCUGCAUAAGAAAGGCCAAACUCAGUGGACAAGAACUGUAGACCAAAUAAAGAAAAAGUCUAAUUCAGAAAUUGUUGAAAAACUCAAAAUAAGUUAUGAUGGGUUGGAGCCCGAAGAACAAAAGAUAUUUCUAGAUAUCGCAUGUUUCUUCCGAGGAGAUGAAAGAAAAGAAGUCAUGGAAAUUGUUGAGAGCUAUGAUUCUGGAGCUGAAUACAUAUUGGAUGUCCUAAUUGACAAAUCCCUUGUGUUCAUCACUGAAAAUGAUAGAGUUGAAAUGCAUGACUUGAUUGAAGAUAUGAGCAAAUACAUAGUGAAAAUGCAAAAAGAUUCCGGAAAACGUAGCAGAAUAUGGAAUGUUGAAGAUUUCGAAGAUGUGAUGAUGGACAAUAUGGGAACUAUGGCAGUGGAAGCAAUCUGGUUUACUCAUAUUGAACAACUAAACUUUGAUAAAGAGGCAAUGAAAAAUAUGCAAAGGCUUAGGAUAUUAUGCAUACAGAGUUAUCCAUGGGCUUCCCGAAGUGAUUCAGAAGAUGGCUCUAUUGAGUACCUUACCAACAACUUGUGUUGGUUUGUGUGGCAUGAUUAUCCUUGGAAGUUAUUGCCAGAAAAUUUUAAUCCCAGAAGGCUUGUUCAUCUUGAUCUCGGAUGGAGUUCAUUGCAUUAUUUAUGGAAUGAAACAGAGCAAUUUCAGUCGCUACGAAGUAUAAAUCUAAGGGGCUCUAAAAGCCUGAAGAGAACACCAGAUUUUGAGGGGAUGCCAAAUUUGGAGUAUUUGAAUCUAGAGGAAUGUACGAGUCUUGAAGAAGUUAAUCCUUCCCUGAAGUAUUGCAAAAAACUCACCCAGUUAUAUUUGUUUUAUUGUACAACACUUGAGAGGUUUCCAUAUGUUAAUGUGGAAUCUCUUGAAUCUCUGGAUCUACACAAGUGCUAUAGUUUAGAGAAAUUUCCAGAAAUCCUAGGAAGGAUGAAGCCGGAGUUAGAGAUUGAUAUGUCACGCUCUGGGAUAAGGGAACUGCCAUUAUCUUUCUUUGAUCUCCAACCUUAUCUUACAGAGCUAGAUUUGAGUUUUAUGAAUAGCCUUGUAUCUCUUCCAACCAGCAUUUGUAAGUUGAAAGUCUUGGUGAAGCUAGAUGUGUCGAACUGCUCAAAACUUGAAAGCUUGCCAGAAGAGAUAGGUGAUUUAGAAAAAUUGGAGAAGCUUCGUGCCAGUUAUACUCCAAUUGAGUAUUUGCCUCGUAGCAUAGCCCAACUUGGUGCUCUUCGAACUUUGGACUUAUUACAUUGCAUGAGGCUUAUACAGCUGCCAGAAUUUCCACAACAACUAAAUACAAUAGCGGCAGAUUGGAGCAAUGAUUCGAUUUGUAAUUCGUUGUUUCAGAAUAUCUCGUCAUUACAGCAUGACAUCUGUACUUCAGAUUUCUUGUCAUUAAGAGUGUUCACCACUGAGGGGGAUAAUAUCCCAAGAUGGUUCCACGAUCGGGAAGAUGGUAAAAGUAUAUUUGUCAAAUUGCCUAAAAAUUGGUAUGUAAGUGAGAACUUCUUGGGAUUUGCUGUAUGUUUCUCUAGCCAAUUUAUUGACGGCAUAGCUCACUUGUUUUGUUAUCAUGGGAGGCCUGUGACGUGUAUCGCCCAGAAACUUGCCUUAUCCACUUCCAGCCCUUCAGAAUAUCGUUAUAAACCUGCUAUUAAUUUUUUCUUGGUACCUCUUACUGGCUUAUUGGAUAAAUUGAAGGCAAAUGGAAAAACACCAAAUGACUAUGGGUGCAUUAAGUUAAUUUUUUCUAAUGAAGUGAAGGAGUGUGGACUUUGUUUGUUGUAUAAACACCACGAUCACCAUGACUCCGUGACCGGAUGCUGUUGAAUACUCUGAUAACAUUACAAG